GGGGGUGAAGCUCUAGCCCUGUACCCACAUUUGGGGCGCGCGGAGCUGGGGGGGGUCCCUGGGGGGCGCCCGGAGCUAAGAUGGCGUCCGCAGCGGAGGGGGACGUGGGAACGGCGGCGGAGCUUGCGAGGGUGCUGCGGGGUGGCUUCGAGGACCUGAGCCUGAGCAAGUUGGCGACGUCCCUGGGCGCGUCGGAGCAGGCGCUGCGACUCAUCAUCUCCAUCUUCCUGGGCUACCCAUUGGCUUUGUUUUAUCGGCAUUAUCUUUUCUACAAGGAAAGCUACCUCAUCCAUCUCUUCCACAGCUUCACAGGCCUCUCAAUCGCUUAUUUUAAUUUUGGAAGCCAGCUAUACCACUCCUUGCUCUGUGUAGUGUUCCAGUUCCUCAUCCUUCGGCUGAUGGGCCGCACCGUCACUGCCAUCCUCACUACCUUCUGCUUCCAGAUGGUCUACCUUCUUGCUGGAUAUUAUUUCACAGCCACUGGCAACUAUGAUAUCAAGUGGACAAUGCCACAUUGUGUCCUGACCUUGAAGCUGAUUGGUUUGGCUAUUGACUACUUUGAUGGAGGGAAGGACCAGAAUUCCUUAACCUCUGAGCAACAGAAAUAUGCCAUCCGGGAUGUCCCUUCCUUCCUGGAAGUCGCUGGCUUCUCCUACUUCUAUGGGGCCUUCUUGGUUGGGCCCCAGUUCUCCAUGAACCACUACAUGAAGCUGGUGCAGGGAAAGCUGACCGACAGGCAAGGGACCAUCCCAAACAGCGUCUUGCCUGCUCUGAAGCGCCUCGGUCUGGGCCUUGUCUACCUGGUGGGCUAUACCCUGCUCAGCCCCCACAUCUCCGAAGACUAUCUCCUCACAGAGGAUUACGAGAAGCGGGACUUCUGGUUCCGCUGCAUGUACCUGCUGGUCUGGGGCAAGUUCGUGCUGUACAAAUAUGUCGCAUGCUGGUUGGUCACAGAAGGGGUCUGCAUCUUGACGGGACUGGGCUUCAAUGGCCUUGAUGAGAAGGGAGAGGCCAAGUGGGACGCCUGCGCGAACAUGAAGGUGUGGCUCUUUGAGACAACACCUCGCUUCACAGGCACCAUUGCCUCCUUCAACAUCAACACCAACGCCUGGGUGGCCCGUUACUUCUUCAAACGACUCAAGUUCCUUGGGAAUAAGGAGCUCUCCCAGGGGCUCUCACUGCUGUUCUUGGCACUCUGGCAUGGCCUGCAUUCAGGAUACCUGGUCUGCUUCCAAAUGGAAUUCCUCAUUGUUCUCGUGGAGAGACAGGCCGCCAACCUGAUCCGGGAGAGCCCCACCCUGAGCAGCCUGGCCUCCAUCACCAUCCUCCAACCACUGUACUACCUAGUGCAACAGACCAUCCACUGGCUCUUCAUGGGGUAUUCCAUGGCAGCCUUCUGCCUCUUCACAUGGGACAAAUGGUUCAAGGUGUAUAAAUCUAUCUAUUUUCUUGGACACAUCUUCUUCCUGAGUCUACUAUUCAUAUUGCCUUAUGUUCACAAAGCAGUGGUGCCAAGGAAAGAGAAAUUAAAGAAGAUUAAAUGAUUUUUUUCCCCUGGCAGCCAAGAGCAGGACUGGUGCAGAAAUGACACGUCUCCCUCUUCACAGCACUCCUUCACCAGAGACCACAGAGGCAGGGAGUGGGAAGAUGCAAUGCUCCCAGCGUGCCUCUACUACCAGCCAAGUCUUCAUUUGGGCCAAAGGGGAAACUCUUGUGGGAGAAGUAGAGGGGCCAUCUCCCCUCAGGGUUCCCCCAUGCCCGUUGCCUUAUCUUUCCCCCUCUAGCCAGGAAUCUGUUGUGUUUUCCUUCAGCCAAUUUACUAUGAUUGUAUAUGUGCCACUGCCGCCCCCCCUAUGGGGGGGAGGAGAGGGGUACAAGGCCCUGCCUGCUCCACUUUUUCUACCUUGGAACUCUCUGUACCAGAUAAAAUCACUCUGUUCAGUUUUUCA